UGUCUGUCCUAUAUGUCAAGAAAGAAUGCCCCAUGACAUCUUGGAGGUUCAUGCCAGUGAAUGUGGGGAAAGAACAAUUGAUAAUACAAUGAAUGAUACUACCGAAUUGACGUUCAUGGGCAAUGAAAUGAACCACAGCACUCAAGUGACAUAUAUGAAUGAUGACUGGAAGACCCAUCCAGAUGCAGUAAGGGCUGCAUCUUUGUACACACAAGAAAUUCUCAGUCUCCACGAGACAGGGAAACCUCUUUUAAUGUCUAUGGAUUUAAGAUUGUGUGCUCAAGAGCAGGAGAGGGAACUUAUUAACUUCUACAAGCAACGAAAUGUAGAGUGGGCAUGUCCUGUUAAAUGUAAUCUUCAAGGGGACUCUGCAGUUGGUGAAGGAGUCACCAGACACUUUUUUUCAACAGUUCUUCAAAAACUGAAGUAUGGUUUCAAUUUAAAUUUGGGAAACACAGGUGUAACAUGCCUCUUUGAAGGAGAACCAGACCAUUUGGUGCCUUCUUCAGCACAGCUUCUAAUAGAAAGCGAUCUUUUCUUGGUAGCAGGAAGAAUGCUAGGCCACUCCUUUUUGCAUGGUGGCACGUGUCUUGCAGGCCUCAGCAGAGCUUUUGUUCAUGUUCUGUUUCACAGCUCAUCUGAUACAGCCACUUUGCAAUUGGAGGACUGUCCAGAUAUUGAUGUACGAGAGACCAUCAGCUUUCUCAGUGGAGAAGUUUCAUUGACCGAGGACCAAUACAGUAAAGUCUUAGAACUUUGUUUGGCUUGGGAUCUUCCUGGUCCAACAGAAGAAAAUAGAAGGUGGCUUUACGAGCGUCUGCUGUCACAUGCGGUUCUUGGGAGAAGAACACGCCAAAUGAAACAAAUCAAGCAGGGACUGAAAGACACCUUUGUUUGGCCCCUACUUACUGACAGGAAGGAUGUAGUGUUAUUCCCCAAGGAAUCUGAGGACCUAUGCACCCCUGAGAUGCUACUUUCAUGUAUUGACUGGCCUAACGAAAGCAAUAAUAGUGAUGAUGAUGACGACGACGAGUACCCAGCUGCUACUAAGAAAAGGAUUGCUGGAUUUUUAAAGCAGUUCAUCGAGUCAGGUACAUGUUUCAAAGUUUUAAGACCACAGUAGUUUCAGUUUUUAAGAGUUUAGUUCUAUGUGACCUACAGUAAGUGAAUGUUCGGAGGGGUCAAUACAGAUAAUACAGACUAAUAUUAUAUAUAUUGCCACAAAAAACGUUUUUUUUUUGUGAUUCUUCUCAUGUGAAUGUAUGCUUAAUUUCAUGGUUGUGCUAAUCGAAUGCACCUUGUAUGCACAGAAGGUUGUAGAUUUACAUUUACAUAAACAUGAAACUUAAACUAAACAAAAGUGACUAUUACUUACUUCCCUUAUGUAUUUUCAAUGCACACCAAUAAGGAUAUGAAUUGAUGUUCAAUGAGAAGUUUUUGAAUCGAAAAUAACUCUUUAAGUGGUUUAUAACUCUUUAAGUGGUCUCAACUUUAUAUUUCCUCGAUGCCUCAUGAAACCCAGCAGUUUCAUCGAAUAAAGGAUUGCAUAGUUGACUUAAAAAUGUGGAUGAGUAACAAUUUUUUACUACUAAACUCGGACAAAACAGAAGUGUUACUUACUGGACCGAAAACUGCUAUGCGUAACAACCAAGAAUACUGCUUAACGAUUGACGGUUGCUCCAUAAAAUCCUCGUCAUCAGCUAAGAAUCUUGGCGUUGUAUUUGACAGUACUCUCUCAUUUGAAAGCCAUGUCGCAAACACCUGUAAAAUUGCAUUUUUCCAUCUUAAGAAUAUAUCUAAAUUACGUCAUAUGCUGUCACUGUCAGAUGCAGAGAAAUUAAUUCAUGCAUUCAUGACAUCAAGACUAGAUUACUGUAAUGCACUUCUAGGUGGUUGCCCUGCGGGCCUAUUACAAAAACUGCAACUGGUUCAAAACGCGGCAGCUCGAGUUCUUACACGUACAAAAAAGUAUGAGCAUAUAACCCCGGUUCUGUCAACCUUGCACUGGUUACCUAUAAAGCAUCGCAUUAACUUUAAGAUCUUGCUUAUUACCUAUAAAGCCCUACAUGGUCUAGCGCCGCAGUAUUUGAAUGAACUUCUAUUGUAUUACAGACCACCACGUACAUUACGCUCUAAGGGGUCCUGUCAGUUGGUAAUACCUAGAAUUUCAAAAUCAAGUGCAGGUGGUAGAUCCUUUUCUUAUCUAGCGCCUAAACUUUGGAAUAUUCUUCCCUGCACGGUCCGGGAGGCAGACACACUCUGUCAGUUUAAAUCUAGACUAAAGACUCAUCUUUUUAAUCUUGCAUACACUACACCUCCAUAAUAUUAAUCCUCAGAGGAUUUAGGCUGCAUUAUUUAGAUCAACCGGAACCAGGAACACAUCCAACAACAAAUGAUGUACUUGUUGCAUCAAAGAGUGCAGAACAGUACUCUACUCUCAGCCAGUCUUGUCUCUUUGUUCCAAGGUUACCGCAGGAUGCAGUUCAUGCCCAGACCUGAUGGCAGAGCUGAGAAUGGGAAGCGGUGACCUGACAAGUGCUAAGAGGAUAGAGCUGGAUAAAGGACGCGACAACUUUGUUUUUUUUCUACAACAUUUCAAAUGCUAUUAGAUUGUUAAUGAUAAUCUUUAAUUUUUAUAUUUUUAUUAAGCCUUGUUGUGCAAGCACUGAUGAGCUUGUGCAGAGGCAGCAGCUUUUGCCAGAGGGGAACUGGAAUCCCCUGGUUGGGCCUGGGUUCCCCUGAGGUUUUUUUUCUCGAUGGGAGUUUUGGGUUCCUCACCACCGUUUGCAUAUUGUUUUGCACUAUCUGCCUGGCCGGGGGGGCUGCUUUAGAAUUCAUACUUGUAUUAAAUGUGUCUCAUGUACAGCUGCUUUGUAACAAUGAAAAUUGUAAAAAGCGCUAUAUAAAUAAAGUUGAGUUGAGUUGA